AUAUCUUCACUGCUCACUUCCUUUUGCUUUCCUUACUCCCGGUAGCUUUUCUUUUCUCCUAUAUCAGUUUAACAGAUAAAAUAAUUAAACUCGACCUUUCAUUUAAAGGAAAAAAUGACAACCACAGUGAGCAAAACUGCUGCCAUUGUGGCCAUGAUGCUCCUCUUGAGCAUAACAUGCCAAGCACAACUUUCUUCUACAUUUUACGCAAACUCUUGUCCGAAUGCACUCAGCACUAUUCGGACUACCAUUAGGUCUGCAAUCGCGUCAGAGCGCAGAAUGGCAGCAUCUUUAAUUCGCCUCCAUUUCCAUGACUGCUUUGUUCAGGGAUGUGACGCCUCGAUCCUACUAGACGAAGCUCCCUCUAUUAGUAGCGAGAAGACUGCAGUGCAGAAUAAUAAUUCCGCAAGAGGUUAUAAUGUAAUAGACAAAGCCAAAGCUGAGGUAGAGAAGGUGUGUCCAGGAGUUGUAUCCUGUGCAGAUAUCCUUGCAGUUGCAGCAAGAGAUGCAUCUGAAUAUGUAGGCGGUCCAACAUGGACAGUGAAACUUGGACGAAGAGAUUCUACCACUGCAAGCCGAAGCUUAGCUGAGAGUAACCUCCCCCGUUUUACAGACAGCCUUGAAAGGCUUACAUCUCUUUUUGGAAGCAAAGGCUUGAGUGCAAGGGAUAUGGUCGCUUUGUCAGGUUCCCAUACCAUAGGACAAGCUCAGUGCCUCACUUUUAGAGACAGGAUAUACAAUGCAAGUGACAUUGAUGCUGGAUUUGCAAGCACACGGAGACGUGGUUGCCCUGCCAAUCAGGGUGAUAGUAACUUGGCACCACUUGAUCUAGUGACACCGAAUUCCUUCGACAACAAUUACUUCAAGAACCUAAUUCAGAAGAAGGGUCUUUUGCAAUCUGAUCAAGUGCUUUUCAGUGGUACAUCGACGGACAGCAUAGUCUCAGAAUACAGCAACAAUCAAGAUACUUUUAAGUCUGAUUUUGCAACUGCCAUGAUCAAGAUGGGUGAUAUCGACCCUUUGACUGGUUCAUCAGGGAUCAUAAGGAGUGUUUGCAGUGCUGCGGUUUAGUUCCUACAUCUUAUACAUUUGAGAAUGAGAGCUAUUAUAAUUUUUCAUGUAUUUGUUCUUCUUUUGUACGUGUUUUAGCCAUUUCCUUUCCUUCUUUCAAGUGUACUGUUGAAGGAUUUUAAAAAUAGUUCCAUGAUUUGAAUUUAAAUCACUAAAAGUUGAUUCAAAACUAUUGCAAAGAAUGGUUUUUUUUUUUUUUUUUUUGAGAAAGUAGGAUAUUUGUUCAAACCAUUUUCAAUAAAUCAAAAAUUAAGAG